GCUGCCCCUUUGGGCUUUGGCUCUGGACUGGAGCGCAGCAUCCUUCGAGGCUGCAGCCGCCACGGCUGUUGCCGUAAGCGAUCCUCCUGCCUCAGCCUCCCGAGUAGCUGGGACUCGGGACCAGCCUCCCGAGUACUGGUCAGGUGACAUUUACCAUCACCGUUUUCUUCUUCUUUCAUCAUCAUCAUCACCAUUGCCACUACCACCACCUCCAAGGCCACUACCAUCACAGCAUCUCUGUUCCUCCAUCAGAGCUCUUCAAGUUCUGUAAAGGCAGAUUCUCUAAAGGCAUACAUAAAAUUGGUGGAGCUGUUCCCAGAGGAAGAGGAAUGGGGACAGACUGGAACUUGAUGUGAUGAUGGCCUGGUGGCAUCACGUUUUUCACAUCUCCGCAUCUGGACCCUGCCCAAGCGAAGGCUGAUCUAGGCAGUCUCAUUGCUGGAGAUGACUGUCAGCUGCUUUCUCUGCAUAGCCACCAUCACAUGCCUCACCACUGGAGCCUGGGAAGCCUGACCACAAACCGGCAUCUCCAAGGCAUGAAUAAUUAGGUAGGCAUAAUGGAAGGCACUCAUUGUACCCUCCAAUUGCAUAAGCCCAUUACGGAACUCUGCUACAUCAGCUUCUAUCUUCCAAAGGGGGAAGUCAGAGGAUUUUCAUACAAGGGCACUGUAACUCUAGACAGAUCCAAUAAAGGUUUUCAUAACUGCUACCAAGUCAGGGAGGAGUCAGACAUCAUCAGCCUCAGCCAGGAGCCGGACGAACAUCCAGGCGACAUAUUUUUCAAGCAGACUCCCACGAAAGACAUUCUAACUGAGCUGUACAAACUCACAACAGAGAGGGAGAGACUGCUAACCAAUCUCCUGAGCUCAGACCACAUCCUGGGGAUCACGAUGGGGAACCAGGAGGGGAAGCUGCAAGAGCUGUCCGUGAGCCUGGCCCCCGAGGAUGACUGUUUCCAGGGUGCUGGUGACUGGCAGGGAGAGCUCCCCAUGGGCCCUCUCAAUAAGAGGAGCACCCACGGGAACAAAAAGCCUCGGAGGUCUGGUGGAAAGAGAGAGAGCUUUGGGGCCCUCCCACAGAAGAGGACCAAAAGAAAAGGGCGUGGAGGCCGAGAAUCAGCUCCUCUGAUGGGCAAGGACAAGAUCUGUUCCAGCCACUCCCUUCCUCUUUCUAGAACAAGGCCUAACCUUUGGGUACUAGAAGAGAAAGGAAAUCUGCUCCCGAAUGGGGCACUUGCCUCCUCCCUGCAGAGGAGAGAGAGCUGCCCCCCAGAUAUUCCCAAGACGCCAGACACAGACCUUGGCUUUGGGAGCUUUGAGACGGCUUUCAAGGACACUGGGCUUGGAAGAGAAGUGCUGCUCCCUGACUGCAGCUCCACAGAGGCAGGAGGGGAUGGCAUUCGGAGGCCGCCGAGCGGGCUGGAGCAUCAGCAAACAGGUUUGUCUGAAAGUCACCAGGACCCUGAGAAGCAUCCAGAGGCAGAAAAGGAUGAGAUGGAGAAGCCGGCUAAGCGGACUUGCAAGCAGAAACCUGUCUCCAAAGUGGUGGCCAAAGUUCAGGACCUGUCCUCCCAGGUACAAAGAGUAGUUAAAACGCAUUCUAAGGGUAAGGAGACGAUUGCCAUUCGCCCAGCAGCCCACGCUGAGUUUGUACCCAAAGCCGACUUGCUCACCCUCCCGGGAGCUGAGGCUGGGGCUCAUGGUUCCAGGCGGCAGGGCAAGGAGCGGCAAGGGGAUGGGUCAUCGCAGUCGCCAGCCGGGGAAACAGCCUCCUUUUCUAGUGUGUCGGCCAGUGCCGAGGGGGCCGUGAACAAGGUCCUCCUGAAGGUGAUAGAGAGUGAGAAGUUAGAUGAAGCCCCUGAGGGGAAAAGACUGGGCUUCCCUGUCCACACGAGUGUCCCCCACACUCGCCCAGAAACGAGAAACAAGAGGAGAGCCGGGUUGCCCCUUGGUGGCCACAAGUCCUUGUUUCUGGAUCUGCCCCACAAAGUAGGUCCUGACUCCUCACAACCCAGAGGUGAUAAGAAGAAGCCAUCCCCACCAGCACCGGCAGCUCUUGGCAAGGUGUUUAAUAAUUCAGCCUCGCAGUCCAGCACACACAAACGGACGUCACCUGUUCCCUCGCCUCUGUCUCCAAGGCUCCCCAGCCCUCAGCAGCAUCACAGGAUCCUCCGGCUCCCUGCACUGCCUGGUGAGAGGGAAGCUGCUCUUAAUGACUCUCCUGGUAGAAAGAGCCGUGUCUUCUCUGGGUGCGUCUCUGCUGACACCUUGGAGCCACCAUCCUCUGCAAAGGUCACGGAGACCAAAGGAGCCAGCCCGGCCUUCCUCAGAGCAGGCCAACCUCGGUUGGUGCCUGGGGAAACUUUGGAAAAGAGCUUGGGGCCAGGGAAGACCACAGCUGAGCCCCAGCACCAGUCACCUCCAGGUAUCUCCUCUGAGGGCUUUCCCUGGGACAGCUUCAGUGAGCAGACACCUAAAGACCUUCCCAACAGAGAUGGAGGCGCGUGGGUUCUGGGCUACAGAGCGGGACCAGCCUGUCCAUUUUUGCUUCAUGAGGAAAGGGAGAAGUCAAACAGGAGUGAAUUGUACUUGGAUCUCCAUCCUGACCACAGCCCGACUGAGCAGGAUGAUAGGACUCCUGGCAGACUUCAAGCUGUCUGGCCACCCCCAAAGACAAAAGACACAGAAGAAAAAGUGGGACUGAAGUACACUGAAGCAGAAUACCAAGCUGCUAUUUUACACUUGAAGAGGGAGCACAAAGAAGAAAUUGAAAACCUGCAGGCCCAGUUUGAACUUCGGGCAUUUCAUAUCCGGGGCGAGCAUGCAAUGAUAACAGCGAGACUAGAAGAAACCAUUGAAAAUCUGAAACACGAGCUAGAACACAGAUGGCGAGGGGGUUGUGAAGAGAGGAAAGAUGUGUGCCUUUCCACCGAUGAUGACUGCCCUCCAAAGACCUUCAGAAAUGUGUGCAUCCAGACAGACAGAGAGACCUUCCUCAAGCCCUGUGAAGGUGAAAGCAAGACAACCAGAAGUAAUCAAUUAGUACCCAAAAAGCUGAAUAUCUCCUCUUUAAGCCAGCUCUCACCCCCAAAUGACCACAAAGACAUCCAUGCAGCACUCCAGCCAAUGGAAGGCAUGGCAUCAAAUCAGCAGAAGGCAUUGCCUCCGCCUCCUGCACCGCCCUUGCCAGCAUCCAUCCCUCCCCCUCCGCCCCUCCCCCCAGGACUUGGAUCUUUGUCUCCUGCACCUCCAAUGCCACCUUUGAGUGCUGGGCCACCACCACCACCUCCGCCGCCUCCUCCACCGCCACCUCUACCUCCACCUCUACCUCCACCUUCAAGUGCUGGACCUCCACCACCCCCACCCCCACCCCCACUUCCUAACUCCCCUGCCCCACCCAACCCUGGAGGGCCUCCUCCUGCUCCACCACCCCCAGGACUUGCACCCCCACCUCCCCCUGGACUCUUCUUUGGACUUGGCUCUUCUUCCAGUCAAUGUCCUCGAAAACCAGCCAUCGAGCCCAGUUGUCCCAUGAAGCCUUUAUAUUGGACUAGGAUACAAAUAAGUGAUAGGAGCCAAAAUGCUACACCAACCUUAUGGGACUCCUUAGAAGAACCUGACAUUCGGGACCCCAGUGAAUUUGAGUAUUUAUUCUCCAAAGACACAACUCAACAGAAGAAAAAACCUCUGUCAGAGACUUAUGAGAAAAAAAACAAGGUCAAAAAGAUCAUCAAAUUGUUGGAUGGAAAGCGAUCUCAAACUGUGGGAAUCUUGAUAUCUAGUUUACAUUUAGAAAUGAAGGAUAUCCAACAGGCCAUUUUCAAUGUGGAUGACUCCGUGGUUGAUCUGGAGACCCUGGCAGCCUUAUAUGAAAACAGAGCCCAAGAGGAUGAGCUGGUUAAAAUAAGACAGUAUUACAAGACAUCCAAAGAAGAAGAACUGAAGCUGCUGGAUAAACCUGAGCAAUUUUUACAUGAGUUAGCCCAGAUUCCUAAUUUUGCUGAACGUGCCCAGUGCAUAAUCUUCAGAUCGGUCUUUUCUGAGGGUAUCACCUCCUUGCACAGAAAGGUAGAGAUCAUCACGCGAGCUUCUAAGGGCUUGCUGCACAUGAAGAGUGUGAAGGAUAUUUUAGCUCUCAUCUUGGCUUUUGGAAAUUAUAUGAAUGGAGGAAAUAGGACUCGGGGACAAGCCGAUGGAUAUAGCUUAGAAAUUCUGCCCAAACUCAAGGAUGUCAAAAGUCGGGAUAAUGGGAUUAAUCUGGUGGACUACGUUGUUAAGUAUUACCUGCGUUACUAUGAUCAGGAAGCUGGAACCGAAAAGAGUGUUUUCCCCUUGCCGGAACCACAGGAUUUCUUCCUGGCCUCCCAAGUCAAGUUUGAAGACCUCAUAAAAGAUUUGAGAAAACUGAAGAGGCAACUAGAAGCAAGUGAGAAACAGAUGGUGGUGGUGUGCAAGGAGUCCCCAAAGGAGUAUCUCCAGCCUUUCAAGGACAAACUAGAGGAGUUCUUCCAAAAAGCCAAAAAAGAGCAUAAGAUGGAAGAAAGUCACUUGGAGAAUGCACAGAAAAGUUUUGAAACAACAGUAGGAUAUUUUGGGAUGAAGCCAAAGUCUGGUGAGAAGGAGAUCACACCCAGCUACGUGUUUAUGGUGUGGUAUGAGUUCUGCAGUGACUUCAAGACAAUUUGGAAACGGGAGAGUAAAAACAUAUCUAAAGAAAGAUUGAAAAUGGCUCAGGAAUCAGUCAGCAAGUUGACUUCAGAGAAGAAAGUGGAGACAAAGAAAAUCAAUCCCACUGCUAGCCUGAAAGAAAGACUGCGUCAGAAGGAAGCCAGUGUGACCACUAACUAAGAUGAAGACACAUGGAAAUGAUGGCACUGGAGAUGGAGGACCUUGCACGCAUACUCUUUGUGACCACAGGGUUGCAGGACGUUCUUGAAAGAUGUGUCACUAAAUGUUUGUUUUUGCUCAUCUCUUUCUGAGGUCAUCUGCAGAGAGUGCCCCAUGCCUUCUUUAAGAAGUCCCUCAUUAAGCCGCAGGAACAAUGGAAAACUAUUUAAGGGAACAUUGCAGAAAUAUUUGAUGACUGUUUCUUGUCGAAGCCCAAAGUCCACUCCAAGAGCAGAAGAAAUACCAAAAUGUUUCCAAAAUUUUUUUAAAAGCUGAUAUUUCCAGCUUUAUAACCAAAGCUUGAUAUAUGUCACAUUGUCACAGAAGAGAGAAAGGAUCAUUGAGGACAGUUGCCUUGGGAGAGUUCAAGUCUUUGUCUUUACACACUGCUGUUUUGAUUAUUGGUCUUAGUUUUGAUCCUGUUGCAGCAAAAUCCUGCAGCAUCUUUCUCUCCAAUAAUGUUGCAACUCACCAAAACUAUUCUUGAAGAGGUCCAAGAACAUGUAUUAUCCAGACUAGAAAAAUUAUUUUUUGUUGUUAUGGUUUAUGUGAUGAAAAGGAGAAAAAACAGAAUCGUACCUGGGUGGAGAGAGGGAGACAAAUAGCCAUAAACUUCAUCCUGGAGAACAAGUUACCAUGCAAGGAGUUGACAUCAGUUGUUAAGUGAGGCCCAUUCUUGUUUUUACAUCGGUCCUUUGUGGUUUUUCUGGGCCAGCAGAGAUUCUGCACCCCAACUCCCAGGAGAAAAUGUAAUACCUGAGCAAGCACAGCCUUGGGUGUGCUUGGACAAGAGACCCAGCGGCAGAGCACCUUUUACAUUUUGGACCGUUCGUGAAUGGGCAAUGUUGUGUUGAUACGCAGCUGAGUUCUACGUUAUGUGCUGUGACUGUGCAGCUGGACGACCCCCAUCCCCAGGAGGCAGUUUCCAGACAGGAGAGCAAAUGCAACUCACAGCCCCUGCUCAUGACCUUGGCUGAUAGGCAUGUGAAGUAGGAUGAAGCAGGACUCUUUAAUGUCAAAAAAACUGAAGGGCAGAAAAAAGGUUCCUUACAUCAAAAUGAAAGUAAUUACAUUAAUAGAAAACUUCCAAGUGGAAUAUUGUUCAUAGGCAGCUCUUUUCUGACCCUGGCUCUUGAGUCACGUAAGGAAACCACCUUUGACCUCUCUGACACUUUUGUCUUUAAGCCACCUCUCUGAAUUUAUCUUGUGAGGGGUGAAGAAAGAGGACUGGAGAUGAAUGGACAAUAUAAUCAAAGACUCAUUUUUAGGCCUUGAAGAGGCCGAGCUUUCUCCCCCAAUUGGUGGAGGACAGUCCAGAGAUGAGCAGAAAUCUUAAAUUCCUUCCUGAUCCAGCCUCCACAUGUGGCCUGCCCCUUGCCCCAGCAUCUUUCCAGAACCCUUGGACUUGCCAGGUGCCUGAGCAUCUUCCCAGGAUAUGCCUGCCAGCCAGCAGCCCCUCAGGAAUGCUUCUAUAAUAGAUCCAGUAAUGAAAGCAGCACCAUAUCCUAAUCUAAUGUCAGCUUCGAGAAUGAAGACUGCAGUCAGGAUCAAAUCAAGUCACAGAAGCCAUAUUCAUGCAGGUGCUAACCGCCUUUUCUACUGGUGCAACUGAAAGGAAUAUGGUAACAUGGUUGGAUUUUUAAAAUUCAAAAUGAAGGAACGAGACAAGCAAAACAGAAAAGCCGAGAAGGAACAUGCAUGACUAAAAAGGCUUGAAGUUGCUUGUGAGCAAGAAGCUUUUUAUGCUGCUUUCUUACAUAGUUUCUCUUCAUUUUCACUUAACUCUGAAGACAACCAAAAGAACGGAUCAAUUAAAAACUAAUUCCACUUACAA